AUGAACCCAAUUGAGGAGUUACAAGACGUUGUCGAAGCGUAUCGAGCUAUGGAACCGGUGCAUAAACUCAUGGAACGGAUCAAGACACAGUUUGCAUACGAUCAUCAGUGGACGUCGUUGGAAUUUCAGGCUCAAGUCAUGCAAGUGGUAAUAAAUGACCCUAUAUGUGAAGAAUAUGCACCACAAAAGCAGUAUACGUAUAGGUUACUAAAGACUUAUAUGGAUGAGAUUGAAGCAAUGCAUACUGAUGCUCACGAUGGACUAAUGGAGGCGUUGAUGGAGUUUGUGUUGAAUACUAAAUUCGUUGAUAACUCGCUGAGUGCUGAAACCAUGCACUACGUGUCGUAUACGGUACCGACAACAUCUGACUCGUCCGUCAUUGUGACUUGUCGAGUGGCCUCGGUGUUUAAUGAGGUAGGGCUUAAGAUCUGGGAAGCUGGCUGGCUGCUUGCCGAGUAUGUCAUUGCGUAUCAAGACGAACUUCGUGACCGAAACGUGCUUGAGCUUGGUGCCGGAGUGGGCUUGACGGGCAUGGUGCUAGCUUGCGUUUGUCGUGCAACUCGCGUUGUGCUCACAGAUUAUGCACCAAUUGUGCUGCAGAACCUACGAUACAACGUCGAGAUCAAUUUGAACAAGUUCAUUUGUCCUGUUGAGGUGCAAACGCUUGAAUGGGAAACAUGGCAGCCAACGGAUCAUAUAAGCGAGCGCCCGGACGUUUUGCUGGCUGGAGAUUGCGCUUAUGAUGUCGAAGCUUUUCCAGCCUUGAUGCAUGCUCUCCAAGUAUUCUUUGGAAAGGAUGAAGCAAGUAUAUGUCAACAUCGGCAGCGCGUGGCAAUUUUUGCGGCUACCAUUCGCAACCAGAAAACAUUCCAGGAAUUUCUCAACCAGCUUGCUGCGCACUGUAUCGACUACGUUGAUAUCACGGCGUCUACAAGAGAAAAGAUGGGGAAACACAUUUUUUCAUACCCGAACAGGGACCAGAUUCGCCUUUGCCGCUUGUCGAGAGCUGUUGUUGACACGUCAGUAGAAACGGAAUAG